AUGGCAGAACCAAGCGACGCACUUCUACAUCCAAAGCAAGGAGAGGGGAAAGAUGCCAUUUCCCAGGAAGACAUCAGCUCGGCUAUACAUCGGAUGGAAAAGCACCUUGAAGACAUUAAGCACCGUCAAAGCACUAUCAAAGACAUCGUUGCUUCUCUCAGCAAUCUUGCUGAGACAGACUUGCUCGACCCGGCUAGAGACUAUCGGGUGCUCACUCGAGAAGCUGCCGAGUCAACUUUGAAUAUCGCUGGGCGUCUUGUCUCCGCAAAUUCGAAAAACGCAGUAUUAGACAACAGUCAUCGAGGCUGGAAUGCAGCCCAGGCCAGUCACUGGGCACACCAGCUACAUCAAGAGUUCGAUUUACUCGAAGAACGGGGGAUGGCGUAUCACGGAAAUGGGACAUGGGCCCCUUCCGAAGGUGACUACCAUAGUGUAAUUGGCUCCUUGGACGAACUCCACAAUGGCAUGAUCACCAAGCAGCAGGCAGAUGAGGUUGGUGAUCUCGAAUCGUUUAUUGACGCCAGACGAUUCGCGGAUGCCUUGAGAAGCCAAGUCGUCUCCGAGGAGGUCUUUCCGAAGCUUGUGACUAGGAUUCACAAGGAUUUGUCAGUUGCACACACAAGCAAACUCUCUGGCUCACCCUCGACGAGAAAGAAGACAGCUUUGAAAUGGGAUAAAGCCCUUUCUGAUAUCGAAGGUGCAAAAGCGCGGUUCGAUUCAUACCCUGGUUGGGUACUCGAAGAAGGUCAAGAUCUCAAGGUAUUCGAAGACAGGGUAGAAAAACUUCACGCAGUCUUGAGCGAGCCGCUCGAGAAAGAAUCUCAAUUAGAGCAGUGUAAUUCCCUCUUCAACGACCCCCGUCCCAACGUCUCUAAUGCCAUAUUCAAGGGUGCGCGUCUCGGGGACUUGGGCGAGCUGUUGGACAAUAGGAGCCGACGCGUUGAGAAUGCUCUACUUCUCAAUAGAUUGGACUCUUCUGAUGCCGCAAAAAACGUGGCAGAGCAAACCUCAGAGGGAGUUGUGCGUACAACAUUGGGUGAAGAGGACGAGAGUGCAGCGCAAAGGGACAUCUUUAGCUUUGGUGCUCCGUCCAACCUGCUAACCAACGCCCAAGCCUAUGAUAAGCUAUCUCGAGCGCUCGGAAUGAUGGUAGACGGCUUUACGUAUGAGCCAGAGACUACCCAUUUCCGUCCCUCCAUUGCUCAGUCGUACAUGCGAAGCCUAGUGAGCUUACGAGAUCAAGUGCAUGGUAAAUUUGAUAGCUUCUUGAUCGAGAACUCAGAAGGCGAGUUCAAAGAGAACACACCGAGAGAGGAGUUGGUUAAGGCCUUUGACCAUAAGCGCAAUUCAAUGACCGGCUCGGCAGAUGCUCGAAAAGCUGCUCCCAAGGUCGAUACCAUGGUAGAAAAUCUUGUCCAUGAUCUGCACAGUAAAAUCCAAACCGCCCAAAUCGGCUAUGAAGCAAUACACACACAGCAGGGUACGAAACAGAGUCUGGUCAAUCACUAUCGAGCGCUCUCAGACCUUAGUGCAGCGAACGCGUUAGUGAAAGAAUAUUACCCCACCGAGGUAGCUACGACCAAAAAGCAAAAGAGUAGGCAACUACAUGAGAGGCAAUUGGACAUGGAAAAGUCAAAGGCGACCCUAGAUCUGGCCUGGGAGGAAGCAACGCGAACGCAUGACGAAGCGCAAACAGAAGGAGCCCUCGAACAUGCCGUUAGCCGUGUCACUCUUGAGGACGUAACAGAGGAAGUGGAAGACGUCCCUAAGGAGGUCAGGUCCAAGAUUCCGGAUAACGCAACCGCUGCACCGUGGAAGUCAAGUUUCAAUUGGGCUGAGGAUGAAGACGAGGCAGAUCUGACUUGGUGGUUAGUCGGAGAAAGCCAAUUCAGGCAGAAGACCAGAAGGCUCAGAGGGGAGACGACGACCCCGACCGGGUCCUCUUUCGCUGGUGACGACCAGGAGGGGAGUGACCCGUCAGUGACAGAUCUAUCGAGUGCGACUGGUACUGGAGGAAAUGCUUGGUUUAGACCUGGAGGUCUACCAGCCUCAAAGCGCCUGUUCCAAGGACUAGGCCGAAGCAGAUAG